AUGUUCCAGAAAAAGCCUUCGAAUGUCGUAAAGGAUUUUAACCAAUUUCUAACCAAUCCGGAAACCGCUAAGGAUGAAUUCUGUAUGGAAUAUGCGAUGGAAAAUGACGAGGAGGAUAGUACGAUGAAUCCAGCUGAUAUGGCACUGAACCACGUACAAGUUUUAACAGCAGCAUUGAAUAACGCGCAGGUAGCAGCAGACCAUGCACAGCAAGCCGCAUCCGAAGCAGCCGCCGAAUUGGCUUCCCAAUCGCAGAUGGUGGGAACCGCUAAAGUGAAGCUUGAAUCCAUCGAAGAUCAGCUGAACGCAGCCCGGGUGGACUUCGAAGCCACUCAGGAAGCCGCCCAUAAGGCAGCGUACUCCGCGCAGGAGGCACAGAAGAAUGCAGCCGAAGCGGCCGCGCAUGCCGCUAUCCCGCACCAGUUGGACAGCCAUCAGUUGCAGUUCCAGUCGAAGGCAUCGAAGCAAGCGAAUGAACACGAAAGUGAUGAUAUCAAUAGCGGCGAGAUCGAUGUCAGCUCGAAUCACAACUUCGGGUAGAUGUCGUUGCCAUUCCUGCUAUAGCAACCUUAGAAUGUAAUCGAAAUAGAUCUAUGUUUUAAUAGAACGACUGGAGACACGCAAUACUCUAUAAUGUAGGGAUGUUGUUUUUGUAAGACUUUACAUCUUAGAUUGACAUAGGGCUUUGUUUCAUGUUUAGUGUUAGGUCAGUUAAUGUGCCUGAUAUUUUAUUUUGUAAGAACAUUAUACAAUGCUGUUUUAUUAAAAAAGAA